AUGCCGUAUAGGUUAGACACGCACGUCUUAACCGUCGACGCCAACGUCAUCCACAAGGUCGACACGGCCAACCCUGCGAAUCUGUAUAGCAUGUGGACGGUGUUUUCCCGCUGCGCAGACUCUGUCGAGCAAGGCCGGAGAUUAGAAAACCUGAGCUGGCGCCUGUGGCAAAGAGAACAGCUCGUGGAGAGUGACGACACCACAACGCCCGAGAUUGCCGCUCCCGUCACCACCACUACGACCACCACUCAGACCCUCCCCCAGGACGUCCCCGCAGAGACGAGGUUACCCGACGUCCCUCAGCUCUCUGGCAGCGUCGACUCGCUCGAGGACGAGGCCGUCGAGUUCACAUCAGUAUCGGCUCCCCUUGAGAUCCGCCCCAGGAUACGACGCAUGGACUCGUCUACCAGCAGCCGCAGCAAGCGCGACCGCCACAUCAGCUCCGACGACUUUGAAAAGAUGAUUGUGUCCAUCGUCAAGGACAAGGCGCCGCUGUCGGCGCCGACCACCCAGCAGGCGGCGGCGCCGACCGCCCCCUUCACUCCCGCCACCCGCAAGGAGCUCCCCAUCCCUGCACCCGCCUUUGAGCGGUCCGGCUCCACCACGACGGAAUCGCAGUCCCCUUCCAAGGACUCAGAUCGGCAGUCGGACGACUCGCAGGCCUCGCCGCCGCGACCGCGGGCCACCAACGUGGUGCGAGGCUUCUCGCCCGCCGCCGCCCAGGUCAUGGCGUUCCCGCAGGCGACGCACGACGCCAUCCCCGAGCCGAGCUCGUCGCCCGCCGCCAAGCCCGUGCAGCCUAAGAAGCAGCCGGCCAAGUUUGCGUUGGGCGGCUCGUGCUCCUCGAGCGAGCAGGGCCAGAGCGUCGACAACCUCAAGGCACCAGUGCCACCCGUCGCCGCAGUUGCCGCCAAGAAGUCCAUGUUUACGCUCGGCGGCUCGUCGGGUGAGGAGUCGUCGCUCAAGAGCGCCAUUGCCUCGCCGCGGCCGGCCGGCUUCGCCAAGAAGCAGGCGUCCUUUAGCAACCAUGUCAUGACGCGGACCAUUGACCAGAGCGACCCGGCCAUCGACUCGGACACAGAGGCCGAGUACGUGGACGAGAGCGCCAUCGACGAUGACGAGGACUCGUCGGACUGGGAGGACUCGGUGGAGGACAGCGGCAAGUCGAGCGUCGUCGACGAGAACCUCUUUGCCCGCGUGCCGUCCAAGGUUAACCUGACGUCGCGGCCGUCGCUCAUCAGCAUCAUGAUGGCGCAAAACGACCGUGCCAAGGCGCUCGGCAACCACGCCUCGCAGUCGACGUCGGCCAUCCCGCGGUCCCGCGUGGGCCCGAGCGCACCCUCUCUGGGCGGCUCGCCCAACGACUCGGACGAGGCGCCGCUCAUGAUGAAGGGUAUGCGGCACCACCAGCACCACGCUCUCAAGCCCAUCAGCGAGAUCCCGCGGUCGAGCGCGCAGCCCAUCGCCGCGGCGCCCAACCACGUGCACGCGCAGGCGGCGCUGUCGCCGCGCACGACGCGCCGCAACAUGCUGGCGACGGAGCUGACCGAGUCGCUGCGCCGUCACCUGCUCUGGGAGCGCCAGCAAAAGUCGUCGACGGCCAACGCCGUGCUCAAGCGGCGGCACACGUCGCACGACGUGGCCAACCUCAAGCAGUACCCGGAGAAGGCCUGCAUGAAGGACACGGAGGACGACUCGACCAGCUGGAACCAGUACUUUUCCAAGGAGGCCCUCAACGGGUACCACUCCAAGGGGUGGUAG